AUUGUCGAUUGGACGAAUUGAUAAGACUGCAGCCAAGGAAGUACCAUUUUGGAAAGAAUAUUCUUCUAAUAAGUUUCAACUCUUUCACUUUUUUUUUUUAAAAAAAAAAUCACCAUGGUUUCAAAACUUAAUCACGAUUGUUUUCGUAACAUUUUGGAAUGUCUUGAGUCUAAUCAAAGUGUAUUAUUCAAAUGUCUUCUAGUCAAUCGUUUAUGGUUUGAAAUUUCGAUACCUUAUUUAUGGGAGAAUCCAUUUUCAAUUGUUUAUCGUAAAGGGGUAGCGAACUCAAGGAGAUUACUUAAAACAAUAAUUUCAAUGUUUCCUUUUGAAAAAAGUAUGGAAGACAAGUUAAAUUCAUGUAAAACCUAUAAAGUUACUUAUCAUAAGUAUGAGCAAUCAUUCUACAAUUAUUUGAGGUUUAUAAAAAUUUUUAAAUCUAUCGAAUUUCAUGGAUUUAUUGACAAAUGUUCUCGGAAUUACACACACCAUAAGACAAAUAACGAAAAUGAAGAAGGAACGAUUUCAUCUAUUUUAUCAUAUCAUGUUUAUGAUAUUAUUUUUAAGAAUUGUAGCGGGAUUAAACAAAUUACGUUAUUAACCAUUUCUAAAAGAAUAAUGAAAAUGAAAUCUUUUGAUAAUCUUUCAAAUCUUUGCGUCUUAGAAAUUGGUGAAAUUCAAUACCUCGAAAAGAUAGCUCAUAUUUGUAAAAAAAUUAAGAAGAUCGUAAUCAAUUUACAUGGUGGAUUUAAUAAUUCUCAGUUAUUAAUUAAUUUUUUAAAAGUUCAACAUGGGUUGAAAGCUGUAUAUCUUUUAAGUCGGUUUAAAUUAUUUCAAAUCUCCAAUGAAUUAUUGAUACAAAUGCAUUCAAUUGAGGAACUAUGUAUAAAAAAUUUCAUAUUACCUAAUGGGCAAAUUAUUACUUUAUCAAAGUUAAAACGUUUAGAAAUUACUGUUAGUGAAUGGACUUCUCAAACAGUUGCGACACUUUUGACUAUAUCGUGUCCAAUCUUAGAAGUUUUAAAAUUUGAUGAUAGUCUUCCACCUUUAGAUGUUUUAGCUGAAUUUAUAAAAAAAACGGAAGGUCAUUUACAAUGUUUACAUUUGGAUCACCCUUAUGAGCAUUUAGACACACAAGUAUUAUUAAAAUCUAUUGCGAAAUCCUGUCCAAAAAUUAAAUCAUUAGCUAUAAUUAUUAAUAUAACUGAAGAUUUAAACCUCUUGGAACAUUUAUUGCUCUCAUGCAAUGAAUUAAAAAGUCUUACUCUCAUGAGCUUUGAUUAUAUAAGGUUAACAUUAUUACAAGAAGUUCUGAGAACGAUAGAUGAAAACUGGAAGGUUAGUAGCGAAUUUAGUGAAUAUGGUAGGCGAAUAGAAUUUAAUAAAUUUCAUAAUUGAAUAAUAAUUACCGUAAAUAUUUUAAGCGUUAUUCAUAUUGUUUUUUUUUCGGAGAAAGGUUGCAUGAUUAUAUUUUUUGUUUAGUCGAUUUAUCGUGUAUAAAUGAAAAAUAAAGCUAUAGCGAGAACAAAACUGUUAAUGGAUCGAUAAUAACUUUAUUAAAUUACAGUACUGUUUUAAAAUUGUGAAUUUAUAAAUUAUUAUAAUAUAUGUUAAUAUAUGUUAAUUUACAAAAUAAAUUGACAUUA